AAUAUUCUCCUUUCUGGAUGUGGUCACUCUAUGCCGCUGCGCUCAGGUCUCCAGGGCAUGGAAUGUCCUAGCUUUGGAUGGUAGUAAUUGGCAACGCAUUGACUUGUUUGAUUUCCAGAGGGACAUUGAGGGACGUGUAGUAGAGAAUAUUUCUAAAAGAUGUGGAGGAUUCCUUCGAAAGCUGAGUCUACGUGGUUGCCUAGGUGUGGGAGACAACGCAUUGAGGACAUUUGCACAGAGCUGCAGAAAUAUUGAAGUGUUGAAUCUAAAUGGCUGCACCAAGAUUACAGACACUACAUGUACUAGCCUUAGUAAAUUUUGCUCAAAGUUACGGCAUCUUGAUCUAGCUUCCUGCACAUCAGUAACCAACCUGUCCCUGAAAGCAUUGAGUGAGGGGUGCCAUCUACUAGAGCAGCUCAAUAUCUCAUGGUGUGACCAAGUGACAAAAGAUGGCAUCCAAGCUUUGGUGAGAGGCUGUGGUGGACUCAAAGCUCUGUUUCUUAAAGGCUGCACACAGCUGGAAGAUGAAGCUCUCAAAUACAUUGGUGCACACUGUCCUGAAUUAGUGACUUUGAAUUUGCAAACGUGCUUGCAAAUAACAGAUGAUGGCCUCAUUACAAUAUGUAGAGGAUGCCACAAGAUGCAAUCUCUAUGUGCUUCUGGCUGUUCCAAUAUCACUGAUGCCAUCUUGAAUGCAUUAGGGCAAAAUUGUCCAAAAAUUAGGUAA